GAUGAAUAUUCAACUGAGGGAGUUAUUAACUUCCGCACCAACCUGAUCGACCGCGUCAGAUCGAAGAUUCUUUUCCCUCAGAUAAACAAUUCGAGUCUAGCCCUACAACAAACUACAGUAUAUGGCGUGAGAGAUAAGAUCUCCACAUUAUGACCUGGCUAGCAGCUGUCGUCCUUUCCUGUUUGGUUCUUCAUGUAUUUUGUGGUAUUUCUCCAGCACCUACUAAUGUUACAGUCACUUCUACUGGGUCAAAGAGUAUACUAGUCAAAUGGACUAAAGUUACUGGAGCAUCAAACUUACUUGGCUACGUUGUAUACCACAAGGAGAAUGUUUCCAAUAGUGGAGAGAGUGCAACACCCACUCGUCCUGACGUCACUCAGCUGUCAAUCACAGGACUCAAGCCCUACAGAAUCUACCAUGUCCAGGUGGCUGCCAAUACCUCCCUUGGUGUUGGGUACAGAAGUGAGGCGGUUUUUGAGAGGACAGAUGUGGAUUAUGCAACAGGAGCUCCGAAAGUAACCAUAGUAGAAUCUCGUACCCCUACUUCUAUAUAUAUACAGUGGGAGCAUAUUCCCCCAGACACUGUCAAUGGAAUACUUUUGGGAUAUGCCAUAUAUUACCUGAGAGCAGUGGAUAUUGGCGAUUAUAUGAACAAAUAUGGGGAGCUGCUAGUUGGUGCUAAUGAAACAAGUGGAACUGUUAGGGAACUGAUUCCCUAUACUGAGUACCUACUAGGUGUGGCUGCAAUUAACAACAAGGGUGUUGAUCUGACACAAGGCUCUGUGAAGCAUAUAAACAGGUUAUGGACCCUCCAAGCAGCCCCGCCACCACCCAGAGGGCUGACCGUACGAUUCACAAGUGAAUCAUCCCUGCGUGCUGAUUGGCUCCUCAUAACACGUGACAAGGCUAAUGGGGUUAUCAUUGGUUACCAGUAUCUUCUCUAUAACCAGUCAGGCCUAAUGUCCAAUGACACCGAGCUAAACACAACGUCAUCGCACACCUUCAACGAUCUUGAGCGGUGCGAGGGUUACGAAGUUCGCGUACGUGCAUGGACCGCAGGGGGUUAUGGGAACUACAGUAUCGUGGAGUUGCCCAACGAAUGUGCUAUCCCAGUUAUCCAGUCCCCUUAUCUCAUACUAAUCGCGACCGAGACCAAGCCCCUCGUCCUUCCACUAAACUACACGUCUAUUCCUCCUGCAAGCACUAUAUGGACUCUGCCAGACAAAUCCACUUUAGCUCUCAAUUACCAACUUUUCCGAAGUGUAAUAGAUGAAGAGACCAAAAGGGUUAGGGAUUCAGUGAUACAUAACAAUGAGACGCUGAGCUUUAACUAUGUGGUGUCCGGUGACAAGGGGACGUAUACGUGUAACGUGACCAACAGAUUGGGCUCGGCUAUCGCUACUAGGGACCUCCUUAUUGAUAAUGAUGCAGUUCGUAUUACAUUUCUACUUAAAAUAACAAGUGAAACAUAUAGCAGCAAGCUCAAGGAGCCUAAAAGCCCCGAGUUCAAUGCUCUUGCGAGCAACAUAAAGAAACAGAUCAGUUUGUUGUAUGCAGAUAAACAGUCUUACUCGAUACUCCAAGUCAACAUAAAUUCAUUCAGUAAUGGAAGUGUGAUGGCAAGCUUUGAUGUCCUUGCAAACCGCACCGCCAGUAUCAGUCACGCGUACCUGGAGAAAGAUCUAGUGGCUACCAUGGUAACCCAAGCUCGUAAGGGUAGCGUAGGAGAACUCAAAGUCGAUGGCGUCAUCAUUGAAGGUAACCCACCAGCCGUUAAAAAUCUGCAAGUGCAUGAUGUACAAUCGACUUACGUGAAGCUAACGUGGGAUCUCCCAGACUUUCCCAAGGAAUAUGAGAUCGACAGCUUCAGUCUUGAAUUCAUGAAGCAUGGAGACUCUGAUUUCAAGAACUCUAAGACCAUAGCGAGUGGCGAGGCGAAGGCAGGCAUGGUGGAAGGACUCGAGCCAGGGACAGACUACUAUGUACGCGUUGUGACACAUCGCAAGUUGGUCAGUCAGGAUGGCAAGAGCGAGAGACUGGAGAUUACUACCCCAGACCGGAUGUUGAAGGUCAUAUUGUUAACCAUCAUACUUCCGGUUGGACUGGCUAUCUUCAUCGUAUCCUUGUUCUUGGCUGUAUUCCGCCCUCGGUGCUCAACUGCUGACAAGCCUCUCCAACCCUCCCCUAUGCGUCAGAUCUUCGGCCCACGUGACGGUCCAGCCAAUAAUGAAAACCUUUACGCGGCAUGCUUGCGGGAGUUCCCGUGCGAAUGGAACGAGAUCCCGCGGGACGAUGUAGAUUUCGGAAAAGAGCUCGGGUCGGGCGCGUUUGGGGAGGUUUACGCUGGAACUGUCUCUAAAGACGGGAAAUGCUUGCCGUGUGCUGUAAAGACACUUAAACGUCACGCAACAGAGAGGGAGUACCGUGACUUAUUCAAUGAGCUUAGCAUCAUGGGACAAGUCGGCUUCCACCCUGAUGUGGUGAAUCUGAUUGGUGCUUGUACAGUAGAUGGACCCCUGUGGGUUAUCGUCAGCUUGGCAGAGAAUGGAAAUUUGUUGGACUACCUGCAUCUCCACAGGAAGCCCAACUAUCAGUACCACUCGUACGAGAAUAUCCCAACUGUCUCCACUGAACAGCCCGAAGAGAUCAGCUACGUGCAGAAGCUAAAGUUUGCUCACGGAAUCGCACAAGGCAUGAGGCACUUGGAAAAACACAAGUGCGUACAUCGUGACCUGGCCGCCAGAAAUGUCUUGCUCGGGAGAGGUCUGGAACCGAUAGUGUCGGACUUUGGACUCUCACGUGACAUCUACGAGAGUGGCAUGUACGAGGACCUGCGAGGGGGCAAGCGACCUGUCCGUUGGAUGGCGCCGGAAUCUAUUGAGGACUACACGUGUACUUCAAAAAGUGACGUCUGGUCUUAUGGUGUGUUGCUAUGGGAGAUUGAAACCCAAGGUACUGUACCGUAUGCAGCAAUGGAGACAGGGCAAGACAUACUAAGCGAGGUCAAGCGGGGCUACCGACUCGAGCAGCCACCCGAAUGUGACGACAAAAUCUACGCCCUGAUGCUGGACACGUGGGAUCCAAACCCCCUGAACAGGCCAUCAUUUGAGGUGAUCGUCAACAGAGUCGAGGUCCUGCUGACGGCCGUGUCGGGUUACCUCGAGCUCGAAGGAGGAGGCUCCCUCAACCUCACGCCCUACGACGAGGUGAACAUCACCGGCUCAUCCCUGAACCUGUACACACCCAACGGAGACGUGCCAGGCGGUAACAAAAAUGAUAACCAUACCAACGUGGGAUAUCAUGACCAUGACAACGAAGAAGCGCGGGAAAAUACCGCUGACGACCGAUAUGAGCCUUUUGUUGCUUGUCACGCAAUGCCAAAAGGUGAAGAGGACGGUGUAUCGGGAAGCGCGCAUGACAAAGAACCAGCCCCCGCUGGCAAAGAUGUUUGCAUCACGCUGUCCCCUCCUGCACAAGAGGAGUCACUUGACGAAGAAACGACAUUCUAGAUCGAUGGACAUACGCGAGCAGUAGAUAGGAUUUCUUAACAAACAUAGAGUUUAGUUCAGCGCAUGCUAUCUGGGCAUCCUGUGGUUUUUGGGUUCCCUGUUAAAGUGACCGAACUUUAAGUUCCUACUAACUCGUUUGAGUUAGUAGGAACUAAGCUCAUACGUUACUUUUUUAACAACCUCUCACAAAUAUGCAACGCAUGGUAGGAAAAAACCCGCGUCAUGUGCAUUUAAAGUUUAGCAUAACUACUGGGCAGUAUUUUUUUAAGGAGAUAUAUAUAUAUUAACUUUUCAAAAUGUGAUAGUGUCAAAGUUUUAAGAAAGCAUACUAUUUUGAUAUAUAUAAAUUCAUCUGCGCUAUCGUGCAAGCUUGUACUUUUUAAGAGGAACAGGUAAGACAUAGUGGUAGGAAUCAGGGGUGUGUGUGUGUGUUUGUGGGGGGGGGGGGGGGGCAGGGCUGGGCUAGGGCAGCUAGACACUGACUCACAUUUUUAGCGUUGGCCACGUAAAGAGCAUUUAUAACAGUCUAGUCCUUAGCAUUCUGGUUUCCCUUCCUGUGGAAGGUAAGAGAUGUGACGUCACAAGUAAGAGCUCGUCUCAGCAUCCACGCCACCUCCACUUUAUCUAAGCUUUUAAGGCAAGCUUCCGCCUGUCUCCUUAUGGUGGGUGGUGAGUAGACCGUUGAGGACAUUUAUUACGUUCCCAGCCGCGUAUCAGUUACAGAUUGUAAGCCAUAAUGAGAAGGGCCAGUUGUUCGUCACCCCUUCCCAUGGUGCUUUGCGCGUACCAUUUCCUUCCCGUGUUGCAUAGCGUAAAGCUCAGCUAUGCGAGGAACGAACCGUUUAGUAUGAGACCCUUAGGUUGAGUAGAACCUGGAGGUUACUCUCCUGCGCAGUUUUCCUGCUCCACUCUGUAAGAGACUAGGGGCUAGCAAACAGUGGACACAUUGUCUUAAAGACACAUUUACUUAAUAAAUCUAUAUUUCCUACGUUAUCACAUUAUUAUGCACAAUAAAGUACAUCAUUAUUUGUC